GCAUAUGGGAACUGUUGUAUUUCUGCUGAAUUAAGUGCCAGGGAAUUUGUUGUGUGUAAAUGACUGAGGCGAUGUGUGACAUCGGUUGAGUCACGUGGUGUUUAUGGUUGCCACGCCUUUUCCCGUCGAACAACUUUGGCGUAUAAAUUCACCGUCUUGAAAGCAGCUUUUCUUACCGGGCCACUGACCUUUCGGAUAUGUGUCGUUACCUGGCCUGAUCCAGUCAUGGAUGUCUCCUCCUUGUUUCUUUUACCAUUCUAUCUUGGCCUUGCCAAGAUCGCUCAAGCUCAAGACUGUUCCAGACCCACUUUAGGUAACAACAUGAACUUGAAGGGCCAUGACAUACUUCUAGACACAUUUAAAGAUGGGAGUAAAGCUCAUCUUGAGUGUGCUGUGGGUUACGUGUGGGCUGGGGGGACUUUAUCCAUCACUUGUACAGCUGGUGUCUGGAGUCCUGUGACACUGCUAUGCGAGAGGACGAACUGUGGCUCUGCAGAAGAAGUGGCGAAUGGAUAUCUUGAUUAUUCACAGGGGACUCUGUUUGGUGAUACAAUAUAUAUAAGUUGCAAAAUUGGUUUCAUAUUGGUUGGUGACGCUGAACGCAUUUGUUUGGCGAGUGGGAAGUGGAAAGGCCACCCACCGUCAUGUGAAGUGGUGACCUGUGGCCCUCCUCAGGAGUUGGCUAAAGGCUCUUUCAGCCCCAUAAAGGAGAGCUAUAAAUAUGAAGAUGUUGUACAGUACACAUGUAUCAAAGACCAUGUCCUCAAUGGAUCCAAAGCAGUAUCAUGCUCCGCUGAUCAUCAAUUCAAACCUGAUGCUCCUGUUUGUAUCGAGGUUAACUGUCAAGAUCUCAACAUUCAAAACGCUGAGUUGCUUUCAGGUGCUCGACCCCCAUAUGGGCAUAUGGCAUCGGUGACAUUUCAGUGCAUGCCUGGAUACAAGAUGAUUGGAUCUCCCACCCUGAUGUGUGACAUCAACAGUCACUGGUCACCAAAACCACCAACUUGUCAGCGAAUAGAAACCCCUACAACCACUACUACGACCACAAAACCCAAUGACAAAGAGACACCAAAAGCCUCUCCUGGACCAGAUAAUAAAAAUAGUGGGAACCAUUUGGGGAUGUCUGUGGGUAUUGCUGUUGCAGAGGCUCUGCACUUCUCUGGCUGCGCAGAUUCUCCCAUGCACUUACUGUAUGUCAUUUAGGCACCCUCGUGCCAGCUACGCAGUCUGGGUGGAGCAGCCCUGUAAUGUGGGUGUUGUCUGUCAAAUCUGGACUGUCUGUUGACCUUGCUUUCUCCCCACAUGGGAGGCUGUAGUAAGUACAGCGCCCUGUGAAGGUGAAACAUAUGGCAUGUGAAGUUUGGAGGCAGUUACAAUCUACGCCAUAUGUGAAAAAGACUCCAAAAGCUAUUAAAUGUAUUCAAACUGCCACUGUCAUGGUGUUUUACUUUUAUUAAUUUUUAAAUUUUUUUAUUUAUUUAUUUAUUUUAAACCACCAACAUUCAUUCCCCAAACCGCUUAUCCUCACUAGGGUCGCAGGGGUACUGGAGCCUAUCCCAGGUGACUCUGGGUGAGAGGCGGGGUACACCCUGAACUGGUCGCUAGCCAAUCGCAGAGCACAUAUAAACAAACAACCAAUCGCACUCACGUUUACACCUAUGGGAAAUUUAAUUUUCAGUUAGCCUACCAUGCAUGUUCUUGGGAUGUGGGAGGAAACCGGAGUGCCCGGAGGAAACCCACGUAGGCACAGGGAGAACAUGCGCAAACUCCACACAGGCGGGGCCGGAUUUGAACCCAGGUCCUCAGAACUGUGAGGCAAAUGUGCGAACCAUUCUUUUACUGUUCCACUACACCAACAUUCAGUUAAAGGUUAUUAGAUGAGUGAAUUUGUGACAACAGGACACAAAAUAUGGGACGGCAGUAUGUCAAAGGAUUGUCAAUUGGCAUUUCUACAGAUGUUAAUUAAAUGAGCCUGAUCGUUGGUGAUGUCUUUAUUUUUUAAUUGAAUUUUUUUUUAAAUAUUUUUUUUUUAAAUUUUGUUUUAUUUUACAUAUAAAAUGUGAGCACUGCUGCAUAUGAAAAGUGCUUAAUUUGCAGCAGUGCCCGCAACCUAGUCAGCCAGCCACCAAGCGGUGACCUCAUGAGUAAGGCGUCAUUAAGCGCCGGGACUGCGCUCCGGUGCCAACUUUAAAAUAAAAGCCUAAAAUGGCAUUGUCGAAUGUAGUACUAUAUAUGAAGCUUUUAUUUUGAAGUUGGACCUCUCAGCACAUUGGCAGAGAGUUGGCAUAUCACAGUACGACACUUAUUUUCAAUUGUUCCAGCGGCUGCUUUUUGGCAUCAACUUUUCGGCUGGCCUAAGCCACAAUGGAAAAAAACCCCUGGAGUAGAGAGAGACAUCACAACUGCAGUUUGUGACCGUGCACUACUGACCAAUUGUCAAGUACAACAGAAACGUGCCCUUCCUUGACAAUUCACUAUAUUGUCGACAGGGAUUUUCAAAUGGAGUCUGUGCUUACAGCCUGUUAUUGCCUUGUAUGAAUAAAAUGUAUUUUUGUCCUGUUAA